GAGUGGGCCUUGUGUAGCUGCUUUCUGCUCUAGAGCCACUUGUCAGAGCAGAGUGUGUCUGUGAGUGUGUUCACACAUGUUUGUGGGAGACAGACGACUGGCCACCGCUGCAACUGCACACCAUUUCUCAAACUCAGCACAAGCCACCUUUGUAUGCAGACACGUCUGAGCUUUCUGCUGUGCGAUGAGAGGAAUGACAGUGUGGAGAGCUCAUUACAUUCUCUCUCAGAGUGUGUUUCUGGUGGUCCUCCUGAUCUCUCAACAGGGCAAUGCCCACCCACAGUGCCUGGACUACAAGCCUCCGUUCCAGCCUCCGGAGCCCCUGCUCUUCUGCAAGGAGUACGCCAAAUUCGGAUGCUGUGACUUAGACAGGGAUAACCAAAUAUCCCAGCACUUCUAUCAGAUCAUGGACUACUUCGAUCAGACUGGGUUCUUGGCCUGUGGGAAGUACAUCCGCAGCAUACUUUGCCAGGAGUGCUCUCCGUACGCAGCGCAUCUGUACGACGCAGAAGACGCAAACACCCCGAUGCGGGAGCUUCCCGGCCUCUGCGGAAACUACUGCCAGGAUUUCUGGCUUCACUGCCGUUACACUCUCAGCCUUCUGAUCAAUAACAACCAAACGUAUGCUAUCGAAGAAGACCGGAGCAAGUUCUGCAAGUAUCUUGAGCUGAAAGAUCCCGAGUACUGUUACCCAAACGUCCUCUCUUUUGACGAGCUCAACGCCAACCUGGGAGACGUGAAGGCGGACACGGAGGGAUGCAUUCAGUUAUGUCUGGAAGAAGUGGCCAAUGGGCUUCGCAAUCCUGUGGCGAUGGUACACGCCAAUGACGGCACGCACCGCUUCUUCGUGGCGGAGCAGCUGGGUUACGUGUGGACUUACUUGGCCAACGGUUCCCGGAUCGACAGGCCCUUCCUGAACCUGACCAGAGCGGUUCUGACCUCACCGUGGGCCGGAGAUGAGCGAGGGUUCCUCUGCAUCGCACUUCACCCGCGAUUCACAACGGUCAAAAAGGCCUAUGUUUACUACUCGGUGUCUGUGAAGAAGCAGGAGAAGAUUCGCAUUAGUGAGUUUCUCGUGUCUGAUUCGGAUGUGAAUAUGCUGGAUCACUCCUCAGAAAGGACACUUCUAGAAGUUGAAGAGCCUGCAUCAAACCACAACGGAGGUCAACUACUGUUUGGGUCGGAUGGAUAUCUGUACAUAUUCAUAGGAGACGGGGGCAAAGCGGGAGACCCUUUUGGAAAGUUUGGGAAUUCUCAAAACAAGUCCACUCUUCUGGGCAAGGUCCUGCGGAUCGAUGUGGACAACGAUGACUACGGCGCCCCCUACAGCGUCCCAUCAGACAACCCUUUCGUGGGAGAGACGGAUGCGAGGCCAGAGAUCUACGCCUACGGUGUGAGGAACAUGUGGAGGUGCUCCAUCGACAGGGGCGAUCCGGUCAGCGGUCAGGGCCACGGCAGAAUGCUCUGUGGAGACGUCGGUCAGAAUAAAUACGAGGAAGUGGAUCUCAUCCAAAAAGGAGGGAACUACGGAUGGAGGGCAAAGGAGGGCUUCUCAUGUUACGACAAAAAACUCUGUGCCAACUCAUCACUCAAUGAUAUCCUUCCAAUUUUUGCCUAUCCACAUAAAAUCGGCAAGUCUGUCACUGGCGGCUACAUCUACAGAGGAUGCCAGAUGCCCAAUCUGAACGGCCUGUACGUCUUUGGGGAUUUCAUGAGCGGGCGACUGAUGUCCCUAAAGGAGAACCCAGACACUGGAAAGUGGAGCUAUAAGGAGAUCUGCAUGGGCGCUGACAAAACCUGCAGCUUCCCUAAACUAAUAAACAGCUACUACAAGUACAUCAUAUCAUUUGGUGAAGAUGAGGCAGGAGAGCUGUACUUCCUCGCGACCGGAGCGGCCAGCGCCACGGCCCGAGCUGGAGUCGUGUAUAAGAUAGUGGAUCCCUCCAGGAGGGCUCCUCCGGGAAAGUGCAGCUUCAAGCCCACUCCUGUCAACAUAAAGGGCAAACUGAUUCAUUUCAGUCCUAAAGAAGAGUAUGUAAUUAACAAAAAGCCCUCAACGACUGCCAUUCCCAAACCAAAACCCACCAAACCCAGUGUGACCCCACGACCUCGAGUACAGCACACGACGCCCCGCCGGGUUCCUCCAGCGACCACCGGACACCCGUCUACACCACAUCCACGUGCUCUCAGCACCAGACCUCCGUCCCUGACCACCCCCAGACCCCCAUACUGGACAACAUCACCCAAAACCACCACAAAGACCCAAACCGGCAGACCGGGCAAGCGAGGCCGAGGCAAACCCCGGAGGAAAUGGGACCGUAGAGGUCGACCUCGAGCCGGGACGGUGAGGCUGGUCAGCGCAGACGGACAGAAGGACCGCGGCCGCGUGGAGAUCUUCGCACGGGGCGAAUGGGGCACGGUGUGUGACGAUAUGUUUAACAUACAGGCUGCGGCGGUGGUCUGCAGACAGAUGGGGUUCACUGUGGCUCUGCGGGUGGCGAAGAGAGCCGAGCUCGGGGCGGGAGACAUCGCAGUCAGAAUCCUGCUGGACGACGUGGAGUGUGAAGGAACCGAGCGAACUCUGCUGCACUGCAAACACCCCAAACUGGGCAAAAACAACUGCUCUCACGACGAGGAUGUAGGGGUGGUCUGUGGCCAUUAUGAGCAUGCAGUGGAGUGAGAGGUCAUGAUGCCACAUGCAUGCAGACCAAAAAUACAUCUGCUGUUUACAGACAGAAGAAAUAAAACAUGACCAAUUAUAAAA